ACACCAGAACGAGUCCCUCGAGAAUGGCGACAGCAGAGACAACAGCCAAAAUGGCGCCAAGUGAUUCCACCAAAUUCGAAGAAAAUCUCGACCACAAUACCACAAGCAUGGAGAAGUCUUCCGGCAGCAGAGAUCGGUCUUCGUCGAAUUCUUUCAGCGCAGGUGACGACUCUGCUGACGUUCCAGCUCUACGUAAAACUGGCGCUGCCGGUAUCAUCCAGGAUGUCUUCGCCGUUGAUCGAUCAAAGCAUCACGUUUAUAUCACUGGCCUUCGCGGAGUACUGGUCAUUCAGAGCUUCAUGUGGACAUUCUUCCAGACAUUCAUACCAACUCUGGUCUCGAGAGAUACGCCUGGUCCGGUCUAUCAGGAUCUAUUGAGAGAAAUCCUCAGUGUGCCUUUAUGGAAUCAGAGCCUCGUAUACAACUUCUUCAUCAUUCUUUCCAUGAGAACUAUAGCUGUGUCAUUUCUGACGAACCCUACGGGACAGUCAUACGCUGCAACUAUCAUUCGCCGCAAUGUGAGAAUGGUAGUCAUCUUGUGUGCCGGAUCUGGACUGGCGACUCUCAUCUUCUCUCGCAUAGGAGUGGAAUAUAUCAACGAGUUCAAGCAGAAGCUACCAAACGAAUCUAUCGUGACACCGACGACGGUUUACGAUGGUGGAGCCGCAUUCAAUUCGCUGUUCAACCUCUUUUGGUUGACCUACGAUCACUACAAACAGGCAGGCAAUAUGUUCUGGCCCACGGCAACACUUUGGGUUCCUUCCAUCAUCUACUUCCAGUCAUAUACUGUCUACUUUUUAAUGGUCAUUCUGCCCUUCGCGCGACCAAAAUGGCACAUUUCCGGCCUAGGCCUUUUCGCCUUGGGUUCUUUCUGGAUGGGUUACUGGGGCUGGUACUCGGUGACGGGACUGAUCUUCGCUGACCUGGCAAUCAAUGCAACACUGAAGGUAGAGUUGAAAGCAGGCCUGAAAGUCCGCGACGACUGGAGAAUACCUUACGCAGCUAUUGCUCCAAUGCUUUUCGCAAUCGGAAUCGCUUUCAAGUAUGCAUUUAUCGUGCGGCCGCAGUACAUGGACAAGCUAUUGGUGCUGCAUCCAUACUUGGACAUCUCCACCAGAUACUCGCCUAGCACGACCGUUGAGGCUGGGCCGUAUGCUCGACUGGACGACUGGUUUGUCAUCACCGGUAUUCUGCUCGCACUUGAGCUUUUCGAGAAUGCGCAGUACUACCUUUCAUUCAAGCCACUGGUGUACUUGGGAGAGAGAUCAUUCAGCAUUUUCGUCGCGCAGUGCAUAUUCUUCUGGACAGGAGGGAUAAAGCUUUGGCUGGUCCUCCACGACGAGAGAGGCCUCUCUACAGCAAGUGCCAAUGGCGUGGUCUUCCUUGUUGGCUUCCUGGCUGUGUCUGUAUUUGCAGAAGUGUUCUUCCGACUGAUCGAUGCACCUUCAAUCUGGUUGGCCAAGAAGACUUACACAUGGCUAGUGGAUUGAUCUGUAAAAUGUGUUCCGCUGGUUGGAAUCAGGCGGCACGGCAGGCGUUGUGUUGCCAGCUGAAUGUGCAUCAAAUUUUACAUCAAUAUUUCAAUCGCCCAC